CUUUGGCGCAUGCGUAUUCGAUUUGACCUCGCUUCAGUCCCUUCAGUCACAGGAAAAAAUGGCAGGCUUGGGGAUGCAGCAGGUGCGUCAAUUCAGCACGUCGGUCGUCCGAUCAAAACUCAUCAAGGCCCCAAUCCAGGUGUAUGGAGUGGAAGGUCGCUAUGCCACAGCUCUGUUCUCAGCAGCCAGUAAGCAAAAGAAACUGGAUCAGGUGGAGCAGGAAUUGGGAAAAGUGGCUUCCCUGAUCAGGGACCCCAAGAUGUCCAGCAUUGUGUUCAACCCCCAUGUCAAGCGCAGUGUGAAGCAGAAGACGUUUGGCGAUGCCCUCGCCAAGGCCAAUGCCUCGCCGCUCACAAUCAACCUCAUCAAUGUUUUGGCUGAUAAUGGGCGCCUGCCCCUCACCGGUGACGUCAUCGGUGCAUUCAGGAAAAUGAUGAGCGCCCACCGCGGCGAAGUCACCUGCUCCGUUACCACUGCACAGCCAUUGGAUGAAGCCAACUUGGCUGACCUGAAAGUUGCCCUGAAUGGCUUUUUGGCAAAGGGAGAGACCAUCAAGCUGGAGACCAAGUCUGACCCAUCUAUUCUUGGCGGCAUGAUUGUCAGCAUUGGGGACAAAUACGUGGACAUGUCUACUAAGACCAAGGUUCAGAAGCUCACCAAGCUGAUCAAGGAAACCUAAGUCCUGUGGACUAUUCUGACCAGACCCGACUAAUCAAUCCCAGAGUAGCGGAGAGGUGGCGUCCAACUGUCUCAAACCGCCUCCCAGUCUAUAAAAGUUAACGUGUCCUGUUGUUCAUAAUAAAUAUUCUGUAACAUACA